CGUUCACUGCCCUGACUCAGCGACGGAGCUUUCGGUGUUUUUCAUAUUGUAAUUCCGUGACAUACCGUGGAAAAGCGACUCGUUGAGAAGAAAUCGUCCACCCAGUAGAUUCCAGGUCCACGCGCUUGUCCGCUUCCGGGUCUCUUCCUAAACUUGGUCCAGCUCCAAGAUGACAGGCGACCAGCGCGCUCCACAUGUCCGGCUGGUAACCGGCCAGCUUCUGUGGGAUUUGAUGUUGCCUUUAGGUGGCUUCAACUGAAGAUGGAAACAUUGGAGUCAGAGCUGACCUGCCCAAUCUGCCUGGAGUUGUUUGAAGACCCUCUGCUCUUGCCGUGCGCCCACAGCCUGUGCUUCAACUGUGCCCACCGCAUCCUGGUGUCCCACUGCUCAUCCAGCAAGCCGCUCCAGUCCGUGUCAGCCUUUCAGUGCCCCACCUGUCGCUACGUCAUCGCGCUGAAUCACCGCGGGCUGGAGGGCCUCAAGCGCAAUGUGACGCUGCAGAACAUUAUUGACCGCUUUCAAAAGGCCUCCCUUAGCGGCCCCAAUUCGCCCACUGAGAGCCGGCGUCUGCAGCGGCCAUUCACCGCCACCAUUAGUGGCACAAUUGGCGGGGGCGGUGGCGGUGGCACAAGCGGAAGCAGCGCCCGGAGCAGUCCGGCCACUUCCAGCCACGCCCACCCGCAUGCCAAUCACACCAACCACGCAAACCACACCAACGCCAACCACAGCCCGGUGUUUGUGGCGAAAAUGGAUCCGCGCAUCAUCUGCCAGUUCUGCGAGCAGGAUCCGCCUCGCGAGGCCAUCAAGACGUGUGUCACGUGCGAGGUGUCGUACUGCGACCGCUGCCUGCGAGCCACGCACCCCAACAAGAAGCCCUUCACCAGUCACCGCCUGGUGGAGCCCGUGCCCGACACGCACCUCCGCGGCCUGACCUGCCCGGAGCAUGAGAACGAGAAGGUCAACAUGUACUGCUUGGUGGAUGACCAGCUCAUCUGUGCCCUCUGCAAGCUGGUCGGGCGGCACCGCGAGCACCAGGUGUCCUCGCUCAUCGAACGCUUCGACAAGCUCAAAGCUUAUCAGGUGAGCCCGGGCAGAGUGUCAGACGCGGUAAUGACGGCUUCAAAGACAAGUGCUGCGCAAACCUUGGAGAACAACUUGACCAACCUGGUGAAGAGGAACAGUGAACUGGAGAACCAAAUGGCCAAGCUCAUCCAGAUCUGUCAACAGGUUGAGGUGAACACCGCCAUGCACGAAGCCAAACUAGUCGAGGAGUGUGACGAGCUGGUAGAGAUCAUCCGCCAGAGGAAGCAGGUCAUCGCUGUGAAAAUCAAGGAGUCCAAGGUAAUGAAGCUGCGUAAACUGGCCCAGCAGAUUGCAAACUGUCGCCAGUGUCUGGAGCGCUCCAGUGCCCUCAUCACACAGGCCGAGCAGAGCCUAAAGGAAAACGACCACGCCCGCUUCCUUCAGACUGCCCGAAACGUAGCAGAGAGGGUUGCCAUGGCAACGGCCUCCUCCCAGGUACUCAUUCCAGACGUCAACCUGAAUGAAGCUUUUGACAACUUUGCCCUGGACUUCUCCAGAGAGAAGAAGAUUCUGGAAGGCCUAGAUUACCUGACAGCGCCCAGCCCUCCAGCCAUCAGAGACGAACUGUGCACGGCCUCACACGACACCAUCACUGUUCACUGGACGUCAGAAGACGAGUUCAGCGUCACUUCCUACGAGCUGCAGUACACCAUCUACACCGGCCAGACUAACUUCAUCAGUUUGUACAACUCGGCCGACAGCUGGAUGAUUGUGCCGAACAUCAAGCAGAAUCACUACACAGUCCACGGGCUGCAGAGUGGCACACGCUAUGUCUUCUUCGUCAAGGCUAUCAAUCAGGCGGGAAGCCGUAACAGCGAACCAACCCGACUCAAAACCAACAGCCAGCCCUUCAAGUUGGACCCUAAAACGGCGCACAAGAAGCUGCGUCUGUCCAACGACUGCCUGACCAUGGAGAAGGACGAGAGCUCCCUGAAGAAGAGCCACACUCCGGAGCGCUUUGGUGGAACGGGCUCGUACGGGGCGGCCGGCAACGUGUUCAUUGACAGCGGGUGUCACUACUGGGAGGUGCUGCUGGGAGCAUCCACCUGGUAUGCCAUCGGCGUGGCUUACAAGUCCGCCCCCAAAAAUGAAUGGAGCGGCAAAAACUCCUCAUCGUGGGUGUUCUCCCGCUGCAACAACAACUUCAUGGUGCGUCACGACGGCAAGGAGAUGCUGGUGGAGUCCAGCCUGCAGCUGAGGCGCCUCGGCGUCCUGCUGGACUACGACAACAAUUCUCUGUCCUUCUACGACGCCAUGAACUCCCAUCACAUUCACACCUUCGACAUCUCCUUCCUCCUGCCUGUGGUGCCCACCUUCAUGAUCUGGAACAAGUCGGUGAUGAUCCUGUCGGGGCUUCCCGUGCCGGACUUUGUGGAGGGCAUGUCUCUGGAUCAGCAAGAGCAGCAGCAGCAGAUGGGUCUGUGCAGACAGGAGUCUCCCUACUUGACCGGGAUGAAGACCUGCCACUGAGGGGACGGUCCACCUG